AUGGACCAGACAACAACAACAGCCGGCGGCUCGGCCUCGGCCACCGAAAACACGCCACUUCUUUCAACGACAGAAACCCGGCCGAAGUCGUCGCGCACCGUCACCUUCAACCCGAAUCCCGUCUCCAAGACGAUAGAGCCCGAGCCGGCCUUUCAACGGUUUAAGGCGGGUCAUGGUAACAGUCUGUCGACGAGUCCCGGACAGAACUCUGCACUGGCCUCCAUCAACAACAAGCUGCGGAGGAGGAACAGCCAUGGAGCUGUGCCGAGCCACAUACCCCCCCAAAUGGUGCCCAAGAUUGGCCCACAGCGAAGCACCAAGAACGCGCAGAAGCUCAAGCUGCUGCCGAACCCCGAGCUCAAUGAGGAGAGCCCCGACGAGGAGAGUGGCAGGGACGUGUACUCUCAGUACACGCGGAUCAAGGAUCCCACGGCGCGCAGAGAUGCCGCACGCCUGGGUAAGGCGGACCGCGACCGGUUGCCGAGGGUGACGGCGUACUGCACGGCGAACAAGUACCAAAUGGAGGGAUUGAUGCGUUUCCUCAAGGGUCGGGGAAAGUCGAGGGGCGCCACCCCCAAGUUGAUCGACGAGUGCAUAUACUCGGCGUACGACUACAGCAAGACUGUCGAGAACAGGCACGUCCGCAGAGCCGGCUCCCAACCCGACCCAGUGCAGGCCUACGAGAGGCGGCACUCGACGGGCGAUGUUUCGGACAGCGGCUUCGCUCGGGACAACCUCAUCGACCUCCAGUCAGAAGGCCGACAGGACUCUGGGUUUGUCGACGGCUUCGACGGGAGCAGCGAGGAGCACGCACUGGUCGAGACCAACCCGGACUUUGACACCAAGAUCCACACCCCCGAGGUCUUCCUUUUCAACUACGGAGUCGUCGUGAUAUGGGGCAUGACCCCGGCUGAGGAGCAGAGGUUCCUCAAGGAGAUUGCCAAGUUCGAGACGGAGAAGCUGGCGCCGGAUGAUGUCGAGACGGAACAUUUCAACUUUUACUACACGCGGGAGUACCAGGCGCGCAUCUACAACGACUUCAUCACGCUGCGAGACAAGCGGAACUACAUGACCAAGCUGGCCAUCUCUCAUGCUCUAGCGCAGAGUGUCAAGACGUCCUUGUUCGAGGAACUGAUUGCCUCAACGGUCGACACGUGCAAAGACAUCCCCACGCAGAUCGCACUGACGGGCAAGAUCGCCCUGAGCCGAACGCAGAUCAACAUGCAGAUUGGCGAGCUCUUCAUCCUCCGCAUCAACAUCCACCUCAAUGGCUCGGUGCUCGACACCCCAGAGCUGUUCUGGGUCGAGCCUCAGCUGGAACCGGUGUACCAGGCUGUCCGUAGCUACCUAGAGAUGGACCAGCGUGUCGGCCUCCUGAAUGAGCGCCUGGACGUCAUUGCGGACUUGCUCGCCGUGCUCAAGGACCAGCUCAGCCACGGACACGGAGAGAAGCUGGAGUGGAUUGUAAUUGUACUCAUUGCGGCCGAGAUUCUCGUCGCAGCCAUCAACAUCGUGGUGGACUUGUAUGCAUCGGAUUAG